AUGGAGCUCAUAGAUUCAGAUACUCUGAGCUCUUCUUUGCCACAAGGGGGUUUGCAGAGAGAAACCUUAUUGGGUCUGAUGGAUUUGGGAAAGUCUACCGGGGGGGUGAUCCCUAGCACAGGGCUGGAAGUGACAAUAAAACGGGUUGCUCAGGAUUCAACUGGAGCUUUUCAUGUCCUACACAAAAUCAGAAAUGUGAAUGAGAUCUUAGAAGAGUGGGAAAUCAAAUAUGGAGCUCAUAGAUUCAGAUACUCUGAGCUCUUCUUUGCCACAAGGGGGUUUGCAGAGAGAAACCUUAUUGGGUCUGGUGGAUUUGGGAAAGUCUACCGGGGGAUGAUCCCUAGCACAGGGCUGGAAGUGGCAAUAAAACGGGUCGCUCAGGAUUCAAGUCAAGGAAUGAAAGAAUUUGUUGCAGAAAUUACAAGCAUGGGACGAUUGAGGCAUCGAAAUCUUGUGCAAUUAUAUGGGUGGUGCCAAAGGCAAGAUGAGCUCCUCCUUGUCUAUGACUAUGUCCCAUGUGGAAGCCUCGACAAACUUUUGUUUGAAAAUGACCGCCAAAAGAAGAAGAUACUCACUUGGGAGAAAAGGUACAAGAUCCUCAAUGGUGUUGCACAAGCAUUGCUAUACCUCCACGAAGAAUGUGACCAGAAAGUGGUUCACAGAGAUGUAAAGCCCAGCAAUGUUCUAAUAGAUGCAAAUCUUUAUGCAAGGCUUGGGGAUUUUGGCUUGGCAAGGAUAUAUGAACAUGGGAAUAAUUCCCAAACAACCCACAUUGUAGGUACACUAGGGUACAUGGCGCCUGAACUCACCAGGACAGGCAAGGCUACAACAAGUACAGAUGUGUACGGUUAUGGUAUAUUAAUGCUUUUAAGUAGCAUGUGGACGGAGGCAGCUUGA